CAACAGAAAUGCGGGCUCGGUCCUCGGUGCUUCGCAACUGGCGUCAUUCACCUGUUUUAUCGCUUAUCUUUUUAUCGAUAGGCGGGGAAAUACACAUCUUGACAUCCCUUACUAUGUAGAUCCCCCGGGGUCUCGGUACCUGCCGUACACGUGACUUAACGAAUAUCGAAUUCUGCUAUCGCACUUACACCUUGCAACGCUUCCCCCAUUUAGCCUUGGGCAUAUAUCUAAAUACACUUUUAAUAAAACCUUCAAUUUCGCGACAAGACGUGCCAUUGCACUACCAAAAGGGGUCUUCGAGGUCAUACAUGUGCCCCUCGUCAAGCCUAUCGAGCAAAUAAAACCCGUGUCUUGACGACGAGGGGCUAACAGCUCCCCUCCCCCUUUUAAAAAGAGCCGUCACCAUGUCGCAGACCAUCGGGCUGACGAAACUAGCCUACUCGCGAGUAUGGCACCACAUCUCGGCGUCGGCACCGCACCCGACGCUCUCGACGCAACCGAACGUGACCCCGCCCUCGCUCGGCCGGCUGGCGUCGCGCAUCGCCGUGAUCCUGAUGGGCAAGCACAAGCCGAUCUGGGACCCGUCGACGGACUGCGGGGACUACGUGGUGGUGACGAACUGCGCGGCGCUGCACCUCACGGGCCACAAGAAGUGGCGCAAGAUGUACCACCGGCACAACACGCGCCCGGGCUCCCUCCAGUCCGUCACCAUGGACGUCCUCAUGGCCAAGCACGGCGGCGCCGAGGUCCUCCGCAAGGCCGUCAGCGGCAUGCUCCCCAAGAACAGGCUCAGGGAUAAGAGGCUCGCCAGGCUCAAGGCCUUCGAGGGCGACGCCCACCCGUUCAAGCAGAACCUCAUUCGGUUUGGCGGCGUGCCUGUUGGCAAGGAGGGCUGGGGCGAGGCUGUUCAGGCGAUAAGGCAGGCGGGUGCUGAGAGGUUAUAGCGGAGAGGAUCGGAUCGGAUCGGAUUGGUGCUAAGGCGAGGCGCGACUUGCAGGCUCGAGAGAAAGAGAGAGAGAGAGAGAGCAGGCUUUGCCAGGGAAAUUCUAGCUCUGCAUAUCUGCUAUGUACUACAUCGUACGUGUAUAAUGAAUGCAUCUCAUAACAACCAACAUUGCAAGUGGCCAAGAAAACGGCACUUAUAUGUACAAUGAAUACGGUAUUAUUCGCUACAAGUAGGUGGUAGGAAAGCACUCCAGGUACUUGGGACAACUGUGGUUCAUAGAAAAUUCAAAAUAAAGUGAAAAUAUACACCUCUAUACGACUGACAUUUUUGCACGAUGAACCAAUCACAUCUCCAGGCGGAAAG